GAGGCGACUGUGAGAAGACACGAGGAGGAGAGCGAGGAGCAGUGAGUGAGACCAGAGACAACAACUGGCUACAGAGUGCGCGUGCCCUGCGUAGUUACACAGGAUACAGCGAGGGAUGAGACCAUAGGCUGUAUAGAUGAGACACUCUUUCGCUUCGGUCCUCAACUUUAUCUGGUUGUGUUCUGUAGAAGUUUGGCAGUAAAAACUGAUUUCUAAGGAGUAAUUAUUCAAAGGAGAGAAACUUGUACGGGAUUUUAGGAGCUCGAAGUGGAUUGGACAAGCAUGACUGACUGCGCAAAGUGAAGUGCCAUUUUAAAGCGGUGAAAAAGAAACAAUGUGCGAGCGCCAUGUGCCUCUGCCCGGAGCGUCAGAGAGGAUUUAAGCGUCGUUCAUCGUGAAUUAGUUCCGAAGUCAGUCAAAGAUGAGAGCCGUGCAAACACUACUGCUGCUAUUCCUCCUGCACCAGAUCACAUGCAAAAAAGUGCACGGCGGUGGAGUCACGCAGCUGAUUGAGUUCGGCGACAGUGAGCAGAAGAUGUCUCCCACGGGUGCCAGUCCCCGCCUCCUGAACCCCCUCCGUCUGUUUGCGCGCACCUCCCCAGGGCUCAAAAGCAACAUGAGGGAGAUGACUUAUUUACAGAACAUAGAGGACUUCUGGGACUGGUUAUCUAAUCAGACAGAUACCCAAGCUGUACAGGCCCGCUCCAAACGCCGGCCAAUCGUCAAAACCGGAAAAUUUAAGAAGAUGUUCGGAUGGGGUGACUUCCAUUCCAACAUCAAAACUGUCAAACUCAACUUGCUCAUCACUGGGAAAAUAGUGGAUCACGGAAAUGGGACUUUUAGCGUCUAUUUUCGGCAUAAUUCAACUGGUUUGGGUAAUGUUUCAGUUAGUUUGGUCCCUCCUUCGAAAGUAGUUGAGUUUGAAAUCGCGCAACAGUCCACUCUGGAGCAAAAGGACACGAAAUCUUUCAACUGUCGCAUCGAGUAUGAGAAAACGGACCGCAACAAGAAGACUGCCCUGUGCAAUUUUGACCCCUCCAAAGUGUGUUAUCAGGAGCAGACCCAAAGCCAUGUGUCCUGGCUGUGCUCUAAGCCCUUCAAAGUCAUAUGCAUCUAUAUAGCCUUCUACAGCGUGGACUACAAACUGGUUCAGAAGGUUUGCCCUGACUACAAUUACCAUAGCGACACGCCCUACUCCUCCACAGGAUGACAGAGCGCCUAAAAUAGACAACAUCUCAACAAAUACUUGGCAAAUUGUAACAUAAAUCUCCCUGCAAACUUAAAGGUGCAAUGUAUAACUUUUCUGGAGGAUUGCUUUGCCUAGAUGCACCCCACACCGUAUGGUAUUAAACUGAUCUUUCCAUGAAGCCAAACAGGUAAUAACAACGGGCCAAAUUACAGGUUAGAUCUGUGGAGAGGUGACCCCACUCAUAGGUAUGUUUGAGCAACAUAAACACAGAUAAGUUUAAUGCUAUGCUGUGGAAUAUUCAAAGGAAAAGAAAAGUUACAUACUGCACCAUUAAAGAGGAAAUUAUGGACUUGGAAUAACAUUGGAAAAGUGUAUACCAGCUGUGUAUUGUAAAGAUGAAGUUCAAGGAAUAGGUCAAAGAGGAGUUGACUUGGGAUUUGAAGCUAAAGCUUGUGCCGCACUGUGUGAUUUCACCACAAUGCACAUGUUCAGUGUAAACCAAUCACUAAUUAGUAUCUUGUCCAGAUGUUUUCUUCAAGGCGAGACCACAGGCAGUGUCUCCCAAAUGGUGCAUCACUUGGAUCUCAGCAAAAACGUAAUACUGUAUAUUCACUUCAUCUGAACCGGGUUGGACAGUAAAAGACUUCUAGACAGACAAAUUACAUAAAUGUUCAACUGCGCGACGGCGAUGUUGAUGGAUGGUCCAAUGCUCUA